AUGUUUGAGAACGGACAUACAGAUAUUGAAGACGCUCAGCGCGAGGGAAGACCAUCAACUGCCACAAAUUCUGAAAUUGCUGCUCUUGUGAAUGAAUGCAUUUUUGCAAAAAGACGCAUAAUAGUAGACGAAAUGUCUAAUGAACUGGAUAUUUCGCAUGGAAGUGUGCAUAAAAUUAUUGCCGAUCAGCUUCAAUUUCAUAAAGUUUGUGCUGGAUGGGUACCUUGUCUACUGACGAAGGAACAUAGAGGAAAAUGUUUUGAAAGUGCGUGGAAAUUUCUGCAACCUUACCAAAAGGAAGGGAAUGAGUUUUGGGACAAAAUUAUGACCGGAGAUAAGUCUUGGAUUCACCAAUUCUCACCUGAAACGAAACACAGCUCCUUCGAGUGGAAACAUUCCACUUACCGACUCGAAAAAAGUGUCGAACUCUUUCACCUGUAG